CCCUCGGAACCUUCGGUAGUCCAACAAGAGGAAUUAGGGUUUUUCUUCUCCCUCUCUGCAGAGCCGAAGAAGAAGAAGAAGAAGCAAUGGAGGGUCUGGCAGAAGAAGUGAACAACUUGCAAAUUACAGACGCAUCGUACAACAAGAACAAUAAGAAUCGCAUCCAAGUCUCCAACACCAAAAAGCCCGUCUUCUUCUAUGUCAAUCUCGCCAAGAGGUACAUGCAGCAGAACAACGAGGUGGAGCUCUCCGCUCUCGGAAUGGCUAUUGCCACAGUGGUUACCAUUGCCGAGAUUCUGAAGAAUAAUGGAUUGGCCGUUGAGAAGAGAAUCAUGACUUCGACAAUUAACAUGAGGGAGGAUGCAGGAGGGCGGCCAAUUCAAAAGGCAAAGAUUGAAAUACUGCUCGGAAAGUCAGAGAAGUUCGACGAGAUAAUGGCUGCUGAUGCUGCUGCUGCGGCUGCUGCCGCCGCCGAGGAAGGCAUUGAGUAUGAGCAGAGUUGAAACAUACAUCUGAUGUCCGACUUUUGUUCUUAGAUUCGUCUCUCUAGUGGUGUUUAUUUAGCUGUGAUAAAAUUUCUUCUAGGAAUUGUUGUAGAAUACCGUUAUUUCUGCUACCAAAAGAUUCAAAUUGUUCCUAGGUUCAUUGUUUAAGCCGGCAUUUGUGUUAGAAUGUUGUGAAUUUGAAAUGCUCUUCUAGUAGACCAAUGACUUUCCUUCUGCUCGACA